UGGAAAAGAGUAGGGAGUAGGUUAGUGGUAAAUAUGGCUAUUCAGUUGAAAAUGGCUGGAAUUUUGUCUUUCUUGAAGAAAUAUGUCGUUUGACUACGCUCUUUUCUCGUUUUUUUCCAAAUAUUAUGAAAACCUUGAACAUAAUGCUAUCGUAGGAUGGAGGAACCGGGAGAUUCCAAGGAGAAAAAUGAUGAAGGUUCGUCAGAAAACUCAAACGAAGCGGAGAAAGCGCUUCGACUUUUCAGAUCAUCUGUUCAAGUAGCUCAGAAAAUAGAUAGUCAAAUCAAAUCUUCCUCUUCAUGGCAAGAACUCUUUAGUUCUGAUGUCAUUUUACGAAGGCAAAGACUUCGGGACAGCUGUGAACUUUUAUUGUUUUCGUACCCCGAGGAUUAUGGUCGUAAAUCCGAGGAACUUUUAUGGAGAAAAGUUUGUUAUGACAUUAUUCAAAAACUGAAGUACUUUCGAAAGAAAAGCAUUGAUGAUGCUGACCUCUUGACUGUGUAUCGUUCCCAUCUGCGAUCGGCCAUGACUUUAUAUCAACAUCUCCUUGUCAAAAUUCAAAACAUAUCAAAAAUUAAUCUUCGUGACUUCAUAGACUGGCUGCCUACUCUUCAAGGGCUUGAUCAUGACGUAAAAGGCAAACAUCUUCGGCAAUCGUGGGUGUUUUCUACUUGUCAAAGAAUUCUGAUUUAUCUAGGCGACUUAGCUCGAUAUCAACAAGAACUUGAUGGAGAGUCAAGUCGUGAUAUGGCUGAGAGAUUUUACCACCAAGCAAUAUUUAUUGGUCCAGAUUUAGGUAUGCCGUAUAACCAGCUUGGUACAUUAUUCUGGGAUCACCGUUAUGGUUGUAGGUCUGCCUACUAUUAUUUGAGAUGUUUGAUGUCUGGGUCGCCAUUCGAAGGAACGGAAGGCAAUCUUCUUCGUUUGUUCGAAGAAAAUCACAAAACACUUCAACAACAGCAACAGGCAUUAGUUGCAGAAAUGGCAGAGAGUAAAGUCAGGCUCACUGCGUCCAGUCGUUUUCUUACGCAAUUUUUAUAUCUUCAAGAAAUAUUUUACAAGUCGAUAAAUUUAACUGCCGAAGACUUGGAAAAACUGACGAAUUUUAUCCUCCAAGAACUAGACAUGUCGCUAAAUCAUACAUACGAAAUUACAAAUCAAUUGACAAAAAAGACGAUGGCGGUUGAUAAAAAAACAUCUUUGAAGUCUUCACUAAAUGAAGAAAGCAAUGGUGAACAUUUAAUGGACACAAGGACGUUGGUUGAAAUGCAGGCUUUGUUGGUCAUAAUGAUAGAACGUAUGAAAAUAAAAGGUUCUAUUCAACUGCCAGACGCUCAUUCUUUCUUCAUGAAAUUUCUAACGGAAAUCAUUCGUCAUUUAUUCUCUAACUUGGAGACUUCAAAAUCCACUGGUUCAGUUGUUAAUCAACUUAACUCAAAUGGCUUUAUCAAAAAUGGUUUCACCCCUCUCCGUGAUGGUAAUGUUUGUUCCGACGAUAAUAUGGUGAUGAAAGCAAAACUUUUAAAAAAGAAACUGCUGACACAAAGACGUCGCAGGCGUCGCCAUAGCACUCUGAGUGAUAGCGGUUCUGAAGAGAGUGAGGAUCAUGAGGGGGUUAGCAGUGAUUUAAGCGAAGGAGAGUUGGAUGAUCUAUUGAACGAGGCAUUAAGUGAAGAUGGCAGUGACUUUUCUAGUCUUUCUGAUGACGAAUAUUCAGACAGUAAAAAAAUUGUCAACGGUGAACAUUCAGCAGACUCCAUUUCUCCCAAAAGCGUUCCAAUUCGUCAUCAUAUCUUGACAAACGUAGUUAAAGAAGAUCUGCUCAUGGUUCUUAAAAUUUCUCUUGAUUGGCUCCGACUCAAUCCUGAGGUGGUUAAAUGUCCCAAUUCGGCAGCCAUGUUCUCUCAACUUGUCUCACUUUUGAACAUUCUACCAAAACAAGAAGAAAUAUAUCGUAUUGGAAAAUCCAAAGACAGCAUCUUGCAUGACAUAAUUGACGAGAAUGUUGACGAGUCCUGGGUACAAAAGUAUGGAAUACGGGAAGAUAUUUCCCUUCUCGGUUUUAGUCCUCUGGCAAAACUUCACGGCCGUUUGGAUUUUUUCUGGUGUAAAAACGUAAAGCACAGGAAACUGCGUGAGGUUGUGAUUCGCUUGCAAAGUAUUAAAGCCAAUUCUGUUUAUCUCGCUUCUCUGGAGAAUGUUACUUUUGUUUAUGACAGAAAGUCUGAUGUUUACUCCACAGUUAAACCAACUGCCGUAAAUGGAGAAGUUGACAAGGCUCACGUGAAGGAAAAUGAACGUCGAACGAAACUUAUGAAGACUAUGGCAAAGCAACGUUUACAAUCUGAGGUGGCGGAUCUCGAAAAUAAAGUUAAAUCCCAAUCGCUCUCUCCCAGUCCUUUUCUCAUUCCGGAUGCGCCCACGAUCUGCGCUCAGCUGCAUGUAUUACGACAACUUGUGAACACACGGAAUUUUGUCAUUGUUGUUCCAGUCCAAGUUAUUCAGGCUUUAGACGAGUUGAAGAAAUUCAAUCCCGGUGCGAGAGAAGCCAUAAAGUAUUUGGAGCAAGAAUUGAAAAAGGGAAACCGUUGGAUUAGGGCUCAAAAAGAAAGUGAAAGUACAUCAACACGAAGUCAAAAACGUGGUAAACAGGAAGAAAUAUCGAUAUGGCGCUUCAACCAGGUCGUCAACUGCUGUUUGUAUUUUAUGGAGCAGUCAGGACCAGGCCUGGUUACGUUGCUCACUGAUGACGGGGAUAUUGAGACCUUGAAAAAGAAGUCCGGUCGGGGAAAUGCCGCUAUCGCUGUGGGAACAAAAGCUACACCUCAAGCCGUGGAACUCGCUCUUAAGAACAACAUCAACGUCCAGUCGAUCAAAUCAUUUCGAGCUCAGUGUACUGGCAAAAACUCGGUGACGUAAUGAAUAUAUGAGUAAGAAUAUAUGGUAUAGCGGUGUUUAAUUACGAAGCCCAAUCGAAAUUCUCCGAAGAUAAACCGACGUGUGUUAGUGCUGCUGGUACGAAUAUAGUGGGCUCUCUCUCGGAAGAAUGACCUCACUUUGCCAUAUAAGGAAAGAUGCUAGCUGCAGAUUUUAUUAUUUUCAAGUUGCUAGCCUAAUCAAAAUUGCACUUUGAAAUCUGCACUUCCCUUUGGUGACCCAAGCUAUAAAUGACGUACAACAAAUACCACGAACCUCGCAGCAUGUAGGAGAAUUUGACGACCGGAGAAUGUCUCCUUUAUAGUGACAGGAUUGGUUGCCUUGAAGAUAAUUUCAUCGGUGGAUUCUUUAAAAGUCUGUGCUUGUAAACAUAAUCGAUAAUAGUGAAUGUAUUGGAUAAUCUUAAUUCAUCAUUGUAUUGGAUAAUCUUAAUUCAUUAUUGUAUUGGAUAAUAUUAACUCAUCAUAUUGGAUUUUCUCGAAAGUAGCUUAGUUAGUUUCCAUGGUUUGAAUAUAACGUUUUUCUGUCCUUGCUUUAUUGUUCCUUUCCCUAGACUCGAGUUGAAUUGUGUGGCGUUAAAAUGUUCGGACUUUGUUUAUCGUGGCUUUGUACUAUGUUAGAAAGUAAUUUGCUUGUCAUUAGCCUUGUUCAUUAUAGUCUAUAUCACCUAGUCUAUUGUGUUUGUAGUAUGUAAAUUUAAUGUAAUUGUCGCUGAAUUUUGCGUAAAUAUAUGAUUUUUGUCUCUA